UAGCCGCUUUAUCAGAAUCGGAAUCAGAACCAACGCUGAGGUUUAAGAAUUGGAACUUGACAAAACCAAGCUUAAUGGUGUCGAGAGAAGCUCAUCUCUCUCUCUAAAAAAAAAAAAGUAUUGUCAGUCUAUUUUACUGCCGUUAUUUGUCGCUAAUAUAUAAUUUUAAUCUGUGUUGACGAGGAAAGCUUUCAGUGAUGAAAGCGAGUGCUUGCUAACUUAUUGUCUCAGCUAUUGAUGGUUUACUUUUCCAGGAUACUCGCUGUUUGUUUGAGAUUUUAAAACAAACUGCCUGGUUUUGUUCGAUAAAUUGUUGAAAUAGUGAAGUAAACAGUUGUCAGCAGUCCGAAUUAUUCACUUGAACGGCGAACAACAACAUGACUCAGCCUGAAAUAGUCCCUCUGUGCUGCUUGGUGAGCACCGCAGACUAGAUGAAGGAGCCAGACCAAGUGGAAGCUGAGUGGAGAAUUCACCAUGAAGUUGUACGUGUUCCAGGUCAAUAACGGGAGCACGUUGACGUUCGACACCGAACUCGCGGUGCAAACUGUUCUGGACCUCAAACAUGCAAUCCAGGCCAAGUACAAGAUCGCCACUCAGCAUCAGGUGCUGGUGGUUAAUGGUGGCGAGUGUAUGGUGGCUGAGAGGAGGGUGUGUAGCUACAGUGCCGGCACGGAUACGAACCCCAUCUUCUUGUUCAACAAAGAGAUGAUCUUGUGUGACCGUGCGCCGACGAUCCCCAAAACCACCUUCUCCAUCGAGAACGAGAUGGAGAUGAAGGUCGAGGAGUCCCUCAUGAUGCCGGCCGUGUUUCACACCGUGGCUUCGCGGACGCAGCUCGCCGUGGAAAUGUUUGAAGUUGCCAAGAAGCUGUGCUCUUUCUGUGAACGCCUGGUCCAUGACGAACACCUUCAGCACCAGGGCUGGGCUGCGAUCAUGGCCAACCUGGAUGACUGCACCACAUCUUAUCAGAAGCUGCUGUCGAAAUUCGACAUCGCGUACACUAAUUACCAGCAGGAUUUCGAAGACAUCAAACUGAAGCUAACCAAGCUCGGGACGGCCGUCUCGGUCAUGGCUAAAAUCCCUCUGCUGGAGUGCCUGACCCGCCACAGCUACAGAGAGAGCCUGGAGAAAUCCUCCUCCCCACAGCCCCGAACCCGGAACGAGCCUGACGACGACGACGACGAUGAUGAAGAAGAAGAAGAAGAAGGAGGAGGCCAGUCGGCCAUCUUGUGCCCUACAGAUGUCCAGCAGAAGCAGAAAUCUCCCGCGGAGCAGGACAGAGCCGGGAGGAGCAGCAGCGGGCUGCAGGAGGCGCUGGAGGAAGAAAAGGAGCAGGAGGAGACGGAAAAAACGGACGCUCCUUCGUUUAACGUCACGCUGCUGGACUGGAUCAACGUACAGGACCGACCCAAUGACGUCGAGGCUGUCGUGAGGAAGUGCUUCGACUCCAUUAACAGACUCGAUCCGCGGAUUAUUCAGCCGUUUCUGAUCGAGUGCCGGGACACUAUUACCAAACUGGAUAAUCAAAACAUGAAGGCCAUAAAGGGACUCGAAGACAGAUUGUAUGCGCUCGACCAGAUGAUUGCCAGCUGCAAAAAGCUCGUGAACGAACAGAAGGAGCUCGCUCAGGGAUUUUUAGCCAAUCAGAUGAGGGCUGAAAACCUGAAGGACAACUCAGUGCUGCCGGACCUGUGUCUGAGUCACGCCAAUCAGCUCAUGAUCAUGCUGACCAACCACAGGAAGCUGCUGGACAUAAAGCAGAAAUGCACAACUGCGAAACAGGAACUAGCCAACAAUCUGCAAGUCCGUCUCAAAUGGUGCUGCUACGUGAUGUUGCACGCUGAUCAGGAUGGCGAGAAGCUGCAAGCGCUGCUGCGCCUCCUGACCGAGCUGCUGGAGCGAGUGCGUGUGGUCGAGGCCCUCAGCACUGUCCCGCAGAUGUACUGCCUGGCCGUGGUGGAGGUGGUGCGCCGGAAAAUGUUCAUUAAACACUACAGAGAGUGGGCCAGUGCCCUGGUAAAAGAUGGGAAAAACCUCUAUGAGGCAGAGAAGGCCAAAAGGGAGACGUUCGGCAAGCUCUUCAGAAAGUCGUUCCUCAGAAAUCGUUUGUUUCGAGGACUUGACUCAUGGCCUCCCUCGUCAUUUUGCACAAGAAAGCCUCGCAAGUUUGACUUUGAACUUCCGGAUAUUUCCCUGAAUGACUUGCAGUAUCUGAAGAGCUGCUGUCCUGCUGAAGUGCAACCUUUUCUCAGGGUUCCAUCACUAUGUGAUUUUGAGCCGCUAAACCAUCACACAGAAGCUCUUCGUCAGCUCGUCCAAGCAGCUCAGAGCGUGGACGAGAUGUCUCAAACCAUCACAGACUUACUGAGUGAACUGAAGGUUUCUGGGAACCAGAGUGCACAGAGACUAAGCUCGGAAAGCAGAACAGAGACCACGCCCACAUCUUCUAAAACCCUGCCCACCCUCAGUAUACAGUCUCCACCCACUCAGCCGCUGUCCCUUCCAGCUCCCUUAGAAGAUCUGUCUCCUGACAGUAUAGACGCCCAUACGUUUGACUUUGAAACCAUAGGACAUCCCAACAUGGAUCCCGUGCUCCAGCAGGGCUCUCUGGACCUGGACUCCUUAGCCGAGAGCCCAGAAUCGGACUUCAUGUCGGCGGUCAAUGAGUUUGUCAUCGAAGAGAACGUAACAUCACCCAAUCCCAUCAGUGACCCGACAAGUCCCGAGAUGAUGGUCGAGUCUCUUUACUCCUCGGUUAUCAAUGCUAUAGAUAGCAAAAGGAUCCAGGACACGACCUUGCUCGAGAAAGAGAACUCCGUCAUCAUGACCCUCAAGCUGACUGUAGACAAGUAUCGUUCGGCUGCUGAGGAGUCGCAGAGCAGCAUGAGGAAAGUUAAAGAUGACCUGUGCCAUUUCCAGGGACUUGUUUUGAAAGAGCAGCGGGACUUUGGCUUCGCCCUGAAGAAGAUGAGUGCAGAAAUUCACAGGAUAGUCGGUAAUAUUAGACGUUGUCAGGAAGAGGAACUCGGAGAGGCACACCAGAAUGAGCUCCAGAAGCUGAAAGAUGAUCACGAAAAACACGUCCUCCGACUUACUGACGAGCUGGAAGGGAACCACAAGAUCGUCCGGGACGUCCAGAGGGCUAUGCUCGACCUCGAAGGGCUCGUGGAGAGGAAGGAGAAAGAGCUGGCUCAGACGGAGGGUGAGAAGGAGCGUCUGCUGCAGGAGAUGCGCAACAGCCACCAGCAGGCUGUCCAGGAGUUGGAGAGGAGUCUCUCCGAGCGCAGCAAGGAGCUUCAAGACGCCCUGCGUUCCAAAGACGCGCUUGCCAACCAGCUGGACGGCCUGCGAGUUGAGAUCGAGCAGAUGAUCCGCCAAGAGAUGGAGAACGCAGAGAAGAACCGUCUCCAAGAGUUGGAAGCUCGUCUGAAAACGGAGCAUCUGGCGCAAAUGGAGAUCCUGAAACACAGCAACCAGAGUGCUCUUGACACCCUCACGCUUGAGAACCAAGUCAAACUGAAGGAGCUCGCGGAAUCGCACUUGACGGAACUGAAGGAGCGCGAGUGCCGCCUGAAGGACUACGACGCGCGCAUCAGUGAGCUCGCCGACGCCCGGUGCAAACUCGAAGUGGAAAUGGCUCUGAAGGAGACCGAAACGGAAGACCUGCGCUUGCAGUACGAGGAAGCCAAGAACCAGCAGGAGGAGGCUCUGAAGGCGGAGAUGGAGUCACAGACAAAGGCUCUCCAGGAGCAAGUCGAGGCGCUGGCGCAGCAGCUGCAGAAGAAGAACGAGGAGCACGAGCAAGGCCUCGCCGAGCUGCGCGCUCUCAUGCGCAUCGAGAAGGACCACUGCAUCUCGGAGCUGGUGGAGCGGCACGACGAGGAGAGCACGCUGCUGCGCCACGAGUUCUCCGCACUCAAGCAGAAGUCUCAGGACGCUGAGAAGGACUGUGAGGAACGCCUCCAGGAGAUUCAGCACCAGCUGGACGACCAGCUCAAAACUUUACGCCAGGAACUGGAGGAGGAGCAGAGGGCUUUCAGGGAGAAAGAGCGCGACUUCCAAACGGCCAUCAGCGACCUGCAGGCUGUAAACACGCUCCUGUCCGGGCAGCUGGAGCAGGAACGUCAGGAGGCCCGGCGAACGGCGGAGGAGGAGAAAGAGGCGCUAAAAGACGCCUUGCUGCAGAAGGAGGAACUGGAAGUGAGGCUGUUAAGAAAAAUUAAACUACUUGAAACUCGGCUUGGGGAGCGACAAUCGGCUGACAAAGUUGUUGAUGCUGGAGACGGAGAAGCUGUGGACGUGGCGUUGCAGCAGAGGUUGGACGAAGAAAGAGAGUCUCUGCUGGGCAAGCUGGAGAUGCUGGAGAAGAAGAAGAACGAGGAGCUGCAGAACCUGAAGACCUCGCUGAUCGCUGAGCAGCAGACGAAUUUCAAUACUGUCCUGAUGCGGGAGAAGUUAAAGAAGGAGCAGAUCAUCAGUGAGCUGAAUGAGAAGCUGAAGAAGGUGACGCUGCAGCAGGAGAAAGAUAAGAGCCUGAUCGAGACUCUGUCUGAGGACCGCGCCACCAUCCUGCAGGAGAAAAAGCACCUCGAGGAGGAGCUCAACCGCCUCCGGAGCUCCACCCUCGUCUCCUCCGCUUUCUGCGUGGCCAAUCCCGGCGCUGUUCCCGUGGAGACGCCCGGAGCGUGUGGGCCCGUCCCUGCCGAGGUCCCCGUCCUGCCUGCGCUGGAGUCCGAGCGGCUGGGGUCUGUGGCUGCGCUGCGAGACGAUGACAGAGUGGACUCUGCUGUCGAAGCGAGCAUGAUGACCGUCCAUGAUAACACGCUGAUGCUGUCGGAGGAGAAGCAGCGGAUCCUGAUGUUGGAACGAACUCUACACAUGAAAGAAGAGGAGAACAAGAGGCUCAGCCAAAGACUGAUGUCACAGAGCAUGUCCUCUGUGUCCUCAAGGCAUUCAGAGAAAAUCGCCAUUCGAGACUUUCAAGUCGGCGAUUUGGUCCUCAUCAUCCUGGACGAGCGGCACGAUAAUUACGUGCUGUUCACGGUCGGCCCCACUCUCUACUUCCUGCACUCGGAGUCUCUCGCUGCGCUGGACCUCAAGCCGGGUCUGCGCACACACACCGAGCACUGUGACAUCUCGCACCUCUGUUUGAAAAAGAUGCUUGUUUCUGUUGUAGCCUCUGGAGCGACGAGGCGACCCUGGGUCCUCGGGAAGGUCAUGGAGAAAGAGUACUGUCAGGCAAAAAAGGCACAAAACCGCUUCAAAGUUCCUUUGGGCACCAAAUUCUACCGAGUAAAAGCCGUGCCAUGGAAUAAGAAGGUGUAAAUUGUUUUAAAAAAAAAAAAAAAGAAAGCUAGAAUGUUUAUAUUGCUCUUUUUUUUUUUUUGAUGGACAUCUUAUGACUCAGAAUUGUUUCAUACCGGAAAGACGAACCGUUAUCACCAUUUCUUUAUUUAAUUUUCUGUGACAACCCAUAUUAUUAUUAUUAUUAUUAUUUUAUUUUAUUUUUUCUUUUAACCUUUGUCUGUUCAGAGGUUUGUAAAUGUGGACCAAAAUAUUAUGACUUGAAUCGGGCAAGUCUGUAAAAUGGGGGGGGGGGGGGGAAUCUAUUUGGAGGAUAUAUAUCUAUAUUAGUUCAUUAUUAUUAUUAUUAUUAUUAAUAUUUUGUUGAGUUGUGAGGAAAAGAGCAUUCUGCAAACUAUCAUGAUGAAAUAACACGCGCAAGGUUUUAAAGCUACACAUUUAUUGUAAACGUUUGGAGCGAAUGCUCACGGCAUGCACAAACAUUUUCUUUAACUCUGGAUGUGUCGUAAUUGGACAUGUAGGUCUAAAUAAAUGUCACACAGUGACACAGGACCCCUUUCAAGCUUGCUUUUUUUUCUUUUCUUUUUUUUUCCUUUUUUAGAUCUUUUAAAAAAAAAAAAAAAUAACAAUAAUGAUUAAAUAAUGUACUUUUGGAGACGUGUCGAUCCAAAAGGGAAGCAGUUGUGCUGGCGUGAAAACGAGCGCAAAAAUGAAAAUAAUUAGCAGCACAUAUCUUCCCACUGUUGGAGAACGUCAGCGUGUCGAAACGAAAUCCUUCCUGUUCGUCGAUGUGUGUUAGAUUGUCUUGGAUGAAAUCAUGACAUUGUAUAUGACAUUAUUCAUCAAGUUGCACAAGUUAAGAGGAAAAAAAAUGACUGUAUUGUAAAAGAGUUUUCAAACAAUAAAGGUUUGAUCCCA